AUGACGGAUCAAGAACAUCAAGCACCCGUCAAGUUUGACACCAAAAAGGUGUAUUUCUUUGCCGGUCCACACAAGACCGCCAGUACAAGCGUAGAAAAGUUCUUUGCCAAGUGGGCGGAAGAUGGUUUUCAUCACGGGCACCACAAGACCUAUGGACUUCAAUAUUGGAGAUGGCCCACCUUUGAUGAAUCGGAAGGUGAGAAUCAAUACGGUGCCUUGGUCCAACGGAAGGAUAAUGUUGCCUAUGAAAAGAGGGCUUUGGAUGUGAUUUCAGAGCGAUUUGAGGAAUCCGACAAUGGAGUCUUUUUGGGAACCGAAGAGUUUGAUCAAGUGGGUCCCGACAAGUAUUACAAUGCUCUACCCGUCAUGGAAACGAUUACCAUGAAACUCAAUGUUGGUCCACAAGAUACCAAAGUGAUCAUGAAUUAUCGAACGCCUCGUCUCGAUCAAUGGGUCAGUAUUUGGAAACAUGCCGAUAAACAUUAUGCGGACUCCUCCUAUGGUUAUUUCCUGUGCGAAGCACAUUUGCGAGAAAAGGACCACAAGCAACGGCGCAGCAUGAUUGGAGCGGAAAUGAACCCUUUGGGGGCUGCCAAAAUCUUUUUAGAAAAAGGAUGGAGCGUCACAAUUAUGGAUAUGGGUGGCAUCACAAAGGCUGGACAGCACAUUGUUCAUGCGAUUGGAUGCGACGUAUUGAUGGGAGGUUGUGAUGAAGAUGGGAAUCUGGGAGGCCUCAAAGACUAUUUGCCCAACAAGAAUGCUGUCGACAAGGAGUUUGUGGGACUGGCAUUUCAGGACGCACAGAAAGUGGAGCAACUCUUUACGGAUCGUGAUUGCGCGUACCAAAAACUCUUGGAACCCUAUGUCAAGACAGGCCAACUGGAGAUUUUGUACCAAGAUUCCUUGUGGGUGGCCUGUGAUGCACCUCAGAAAUACUACGAGAAGUUCAUUGAUAAUACGGAUUUGAUGUAUGAUGCCUUGGUUGGUCAAGUGAAGUGUGAUGAUGAUCCGGAAGACUUUGUACUAGGAGCGGAUAUGGAUGCUGCUUUGGAAGGUGGGGACCUACUGGCCAAGGAAUCGCCUCUUUCUUUGGUGAAUAUUUCGUUCUUUGACAUUGGCUUAACUGUGGCGCUAUUGAUUGCUCUAUUCCAAAUCAUCAGACAACGUACCCGUGGUCAGAAUGGUCAGCAGUCAAGGGCGGCGACCGAAUUGACAACCUAUCCAAGACGGGUGUAUAAGGACGAAUCAGAUGACGACGAUGAUGUUGCAGAAUCAUCGGGUGGAUUCCGGGACGAUGUCAGCCUCGAUGAGGAAGAAGUAUCAGAUACACCAAAACCUACUGCAAAGGGCGGGUCGCUUUCAGGGAGAAUCUAG